UUGACUUUGUUGGUCAUGGAGUGGUAUAAUAAUCGAGCAUGGAUGUAUAAAAUGACCAAUAGUGAUGGAUUUAUUAAUACAGAAUACUGUGAAAACUUGAAAAAGUGGUUAGACUUUGUCUAUUCUAAAGAUUCAGUUGUGGAUCGAAGGGUGACUAAGCGUCGUAAGAUAGUAUAUGACAUCAGAUGUCCUUGUUUAAGAUGUCAAAAUUCCAUCUACUUAGAUAGAGAAACUGUUCAAAAACACUUGCUUAAAAAGGGUUUCAUGCUUGAUUACUACACAUGGUAUGAACAUGGUGAAACUUCCACUCGUGAGGUAGGACAAUCUUCUACUAUGAGGGAAGUUGAUGAUGACGAUGAUGGUUGUAGACGCAUGGUGUUGGAUAGCAUGUGUUCGUUAGCCGAUAAUUCAACAAUAAACUCAAAUCUAGAUUCAAGUACUCUUGAAAGGGAUGUUCCGAAUUUAGAAGCAAUGGGAUUCUAUAACAUGUUACAAGCUGCCGAUGAGCCUUUGUGGGAGGGGGAGAAGGCCACCGAUUACUCAAAGUUGCAAGCUGUUACAAGUUUUCUAAAUUGGAAAUCACUUUAUAAUGUAUCUACCGCAUGUUACGACCACAUCAUUUCUAUGGUUAAAGAAUUGAUGCCUGAAGGGAAUAAGCUACCAGAAAACUUUUACUAUACAAAAAAGAGUUUAGAAAAGCUUUUUCUUCCUAAAGAAAGGAUUGAUGUUUGUAAAAAUCACUGCAUGUUAUUUUAUAAGCAAGACAUGACAUUGACACAAUGUAAAUGGUGCGGAGAAUCUCGUUACAAGAGUGGCCAAAAUAAGGUACCUCAUUUGGUGAUGACAUACAUGCCGAUUGGUCCUAGACUUAAAAUGUUAUAUAUGUCUACAAAGACAGCAAAAAAUAUGACUUGGCAUCAUGAUCAUAAAACAAAGGAGGGUAGCAUGGCACAUCCAAGUGAUGGUAAGGCUUGGAAGCAUUUUGACUCGGUGAAUCCUGGUUUUGCGAAUGAGAUCCGGAAUGUUCGUCUCGGGUUAUGCACUGACGGCUUUAACCCAAAUAACUCGAACUCAAACCCUUGCUCACUAUGGCCUGUCUUUCUUACAAUCUAUAACUUACCUCCAUGGAUGAGUUUGAAAGACGCAUAUAUUAAACUAUGUUUGGUUAUUCCUGGACGAAAGAGCCCGGUUCAAAACGUAGAUGUGUUUCUAAGGCCAUUAAUAGAUGAGUUGAAAGAGUUGUAUGAGGAAGGCAUUGAAGUUUAUGAUGCUUAUCGCAAAGAAAACUUUAUGAUGAGAGCUAUUCUUUUAUGGACGGUUAGUGACUUCCCUGCCUACGCUAUGUUAUCUGGCUGGAGCACGCAUGGUCACUUAGCUUGCCCAUACUGUAUGGGAGACACAAAAGCUUUUAGGUUACAGGCUGGAGGCAAAGCAAGUUGGUUUGACUGUCAUCGGAGAUUUUUACCUCGGUCACACCCUUUCCGUAGUGAUAGAAAUGGAUUUCGGGCUAAUAAAUCUAUACCGUCAUCAUUGGGACCUCCACCUGAGUUAACUGGUUGGCAAAUAUAUGAACAAGUUUGUGACCUUCCAAGUGUCUAUGAAGGUGUAACGUAUAAUCCAAAAAAGAAAAUUUCAGGAUUUGGAAAAACUCAUAACUGGGUAAAGAGAAGCAUUUUUUGGGAGCUAGAAUAUUGGCCCAUGUUGUUAAUCCGACACAAUCUUGAUGUAAUGCACAUUGAGAAAAAUGUUUUUGAGAGUCUAUUUCACACAAUCAUGGAUACUCAAUAUACAAAAGAUAAUAUCAAGGCAAGGGUGGAUUUAGAACAAAUUUGCAAUCGACCGUCAUUGCAUACUUGGGUGGAGAACAAUAAUAAACACGUGAAACCAAAAGCAACAUAUGCUCUAACCAAAAUGCAAGUAAACGAAGUAUGUAAAUGGUUGAAAACAGUAAAGUUUCCUGACGGGUAUGCUUCAAAUAUAGGGGGUUGUGUAAACGUUAAAGAUGGUACUUUUUACAGCUUUAAAAGUCAUGAUUGUCAUGUGUUUAUGCAACGGUUGCUGCCUAUUGUAUUAAGAGGUAUGCUACCAAAACAAAUAUUGGAACCCGUAAUAGAGUUGUGCACAUUUUUUCGUGUAAUAUGUUCAAAGGUUUUACACAUUGAGGAUUUACAAAAAUUGGAAAAAAGUAUCGUUGUAACCAUUUGUAAGUUAGAAAAAAUCUUCCCUCCUGGUUUCUUUGACUCAAUGGAACACCUUGUUAUACAUUUGACCAAUGAAGCUAUUCUUGGUGGUCCAGUGCAGUUCAGAUGGAUGUAUCCGUAUGAGAGGAAGUUGGGUCGAUUAAAAAAUAUGAUUCGAAACAAAGCAAGGGUCGAGGGUUCUAUUGUUGAGUCAUAUCUGGUAGAUGAACUUUCUAACUAUUGUGCCUUGUAUCUUGAGUCAACUGUUAAGACACGACUGAAUCACGAGCCUCGCAAUUUUGCCCCUAAUAUUUCUUGUUCUUCGAGUUCUGAUUCUCGGUUGAGUGUAUUCAAACACCCAUCUCGAAGAUUAUAUGAUAAGGGUGGAAAAAACAUAGUUCUUACUGAUGAAGACAAACACAAGGCUCAUACUUAUAUAUUACUUAACUGUCAAGAGCUACACGAAGCCAUAUGGUCAUUUGAUGAACAUUUGAGAGCUUCGUUCCCACACUGUGACCAAGCUACACUUGAUAAAAAGAAAGAUAGUUCUUUUGCUGAGUGGUUGCAAUGUCAUGUUAUGAAUGACCCCGGGAAAGAACAUUUGAGAGACAUAGCACAAGGGCCUCUCACUUAUGUUCAAUCACAUAAGGGCUAUUUCGUUAAUGGUUAUAAGUUCCACACACGAACAUCUUAUCAUGGACGGGUCACCCAAAACAGCGGUGUGUGCGUGAAAGGGGCUACCUAUGAUGAAAAUGAGAGUGACUACUAUGGAUUGCUGGAUGAAAUCCUAGAGGUGGAAUAUCAUAGCAAAUUAGGAAGGUGUGUGGUUGUUUUGUUCAAAUGUACGUGGUUUGAUCCCGUGAAUGGUGUAAGGGUGGACCCCAAGACUGGUAUGGUUGAUGUUAAACCCAAGGCAAUAGGAUGCGUUGAUGACCCCUUUAUCCUAGCAUCUCAAGCACAACAGGUAUACUAUACACCAUAUCCUUCAAAGGAAAAAAGCCUAAAAGACUGGUGGGCUGUUGUUAAGACGACGUCGAGGGGAGUUUAUGAACUGGCCGAAGAUGCUAGUGAAGUAGGCGAUGAGGAUAGUGGAGACGAAGAACAAUUCUUUCAGGAGAAUGAUAGGAGAAGACAUUGAAGCGGCGUGCUACAUUUGGUGAGUUCUGGUUGCAAACACAUGCAAAGAAAGGGUCGAGACCCCUAGAUAAAUUGGUUGGGAGUAGCAGGUCAAUUGAGAAUGGUUCGGGAGAAGACGAUGAGGUGGAAGACACCAUUCAGCAGCAAAAUAUGACUUGGGUUGACACGAGGGCGAGUGAAGCUUAUAGCACAUAUGAUAAAUAUGUUGUUGAUAAAUAUGGAGAGGAUACUAGCUUACACCCUGAAUUUGAUAUGGAAUUGUGGUCACAAACGGUCGGUGGAACUAAAAAGGGUAGAUUGUAUGGCAUUGGCAACAUUGCUGACUCGCAUAACGUGAUUCCGGGAGCAUCGUCAAUGCCGAUUACCCAUAGUUCAAAUCCGCAAGAGAGAAGUGACAGUGACGAGGUGCAACGUUUGAAGGAAAAAAUUGCGGAGUUGGAACAAGAUAAGAUAGAGAAGCAUGCGGUCAUGGAGAAAAUCGAAGAAAGUGCGAGGUUGUACGCCGAAAUGAAUGAGAGAAUUCAAUUGCUGUCACAAAACCCACCACCAACUUAGAUAUGUUGAACUUUAUUGUAUUUCUUUUGGAUCUUUAUCGUUGCUUUGGGUUAAUUUAGGUCUUUAUCGUUGCGUUGGGAUAA